GGGUUGCCAAAUUCAAAAAAUACAAAAAUGAGAAAAAUGAGCAUUUUGAUACUGUUGAUAAUCUUGUGAAUGAGAAUGUGGAGAAUUUGCAUGAGGGGGUGAGUGAUGAAGAUUUAAGACGAAUUGAGAAAGAAGAAGUUAAAAGAUUGUACAAUGAUGAUUAUUCGAGUGAAGAAAUUAUUGAAUCCUCAAAAGAAGACAGAAGCCUAAAUUUCAACCACCUCCAAUAUCUUCAAUACAGCAACAAUGAUAACCGAUUCAAACUUUCUUCAACUUCUUCACAAGACCAAACCAACUCAAUAUCUUUAAACUCCAUUUCCCUUUCUUCCAAAUCCUCGCUUAAUUCCCACCAAUCGACCAUUCAAAAGUACACCUUAGCUAAAACAGAAGGCCUAAAGCAGGUGAAACAAAUGCACCAGAUCGAAUUACACUAGAGAAGUCUCAGAUACAGCCUAUCAUUUAUGGAGAUGUAGUGGCCAUUAAGCACUUUUAUCAGGACCAGGGGGUUUAUAAGUACUUGAGGAAUUGGGAUGGUUUAUGGAUAUGGGUUCCGGAUAAAGAAGAUGCUUGAACAUUUAUUAUCAAGCCAGUUCAGAGGAACACAGCUGAUAAUAUCAUUAACAACCACACAUACCUUCAAAAGAACUCCAAAAGGUAUCGUGAACUGAAUAAUUCUGUUUACACAUCUGACCUAAAGAGCACUUAAAAAUAAUGCUAUCUACCUUCGUACCGCUCAGAAAUACCCUGUUGGUGUGAAUUGUAAUUCUAUACUAUCCCUGCAUUCCCACUUCAUGUUGAAGCGAAAAUAAAACAGGGGACACAAAAAUGCUUCUCGACUUGAAAGAGCAUGAAGAAGAAACUUGUAUCGAAGUAGAUGAAUGGUUGCUACAGGGCGAGACUAAAAGCGAUUCCUCAAUCUUCCCAAACACAGAAUACUUUCUUGCAACCAUAGUCUCCAACAAGUUCACGUACCUGGGCCAGAUAGGUUUCUUAGACGUUGACCUUGUUAAAGAAAAGGAAGGACAUCAGAUUGAACUGGAGAUCGUUGAGAAAAGUCAGAAUACAGUUAGUGUUGAUCAAGCUGAACAAGCAGUUACUGCAAAUGAUCCAUACAUAGUCCUAGAUCACCAAUCCCAUUAUCUAAACUAUAGUCAUCAUUAUAACUUCGAGGGUUCUCCAACAUCAGAUACUCUCAAAGAGCUUAUGUUAAUCGAAGUACCUUGUCUCACAGACAUUCCCUUGACCAAUUCCUUCUUUAUCACUUAUUUCCCACAUCAGAGAAGAAUUCUGUUCACCACUGCUCUUCGCUUCUACAACUCUCUUGAAGAAUACUAUUACUACGCUUGGAAAUAUUUAGGCUACGAAGACGAGAUUCUUACGAUCUGAACUCACCCUCAAAUCUUCGAAGUUGAAGGAGUAUCUGAAGGUCAGGAUUUACUCACAAAUUUUCAGUUGCUAAUUAAAGUGCCAAAUAUGGAAAAUACCUACCUCAGGAGAGUCCCUACAAACGAGCCAGGGGUUAAUAAAAUAAUUGCCUCAGUCUUUGAACAGAAGAAAAAGAAGGAGUUUUUAUUUCAUCUCACUAAGCUCAACUCUUUCGAUAGAGAUAUUGAGCGAAUCGAUCGAGACUUAUUCUACGCCAAGAGGAAAUGAAUUAUUAGUGAAGAAGAAAGCAUUAGAGAACUUGACACAGAGAGCUUAAGAGAUAUUUAUAUUAGCAUGAAACAAUAUAUUCAUUAUUUCCUCAAGUAUAUGCUGAAGAAGGAGCCCAAUGCAACCAAAUGCGAUUCUUCAUCAUAUAUGUGCAUUAAUGGAUAUCAAGACGUUUCUUUGCUCUAUCAUUUCAACCAGGCUUUCGAAUUUGAAAAAUAUCUAAAGAUCCUCAAAGAUAUAAGAACAGAGUAUUUAACCAGAGAAAAAGAUUGCAAAAGUUUGAACAUCUCCCACUUCUACUAUUACUUCUGCUGCUGAGAAUACAUCCUCGCCCUAGGAUGCUCUGACCCAAAAACCACCCCCUUCUCUGCCCUCAAAAAUGCCAAAACCAUCAUCACACAUCCCCUCGAACUAACCGAACUCCACCACCCCAAUCCCCUCCCCCAACCUCCCACUGCCACCCCUUCCUGUCCCCAACCCAUCCUCCCUCCAGCCUUCAACCCAUCUCUAACCCCUCACCAACCCAAGGCCAAGCCAAACAGUGCCUCUGUACAUGACUACAGAAGAGUUAUGUCACUACAGAGAAUAUGUGAACAUGUGUAUGGAAUAGGAGAUGGAGAGGAUGUUUAUGAGUUAAAGUGAUUUCUUCCGUUUGUAAAUUAUGAGUUUGACAGAGGACUUGAGGAGUGUAAUUUGAACAUUCUUUAUGGGAUAAUGACUUCUAAUUAUAAGGAUGCUUUCUGUGUAUGGAGUGGUAACAGAUUAAACAUUCCUGCUAUAAAAUUUAUAUGCCGGAAGCUGAGAUCAUUAGUAUCAGAGGUUAUCAGACUUGAUAUUGAACGUAUGAUCCAGAGAGCUACUGAGUAUAAAUAAUGAAAAGCUUAGAGACACCGAAUUCACAGAUAGAAUGUACUUCAGGGGAAGAGCUGAAGUUCAAAUAAAGCAGCACUUAGAAAUUGGAACUAAUGCUGACCAAAACUCACUUGGAAAAGACAGCCUUCUAAGAAGCUUAUUCCUACUUGUGGUCUAUAGUAUGGGAAUCAGGAUAGGAGUAGAGAGCAUGAAUUACUUUUCCAAGGAUUGGGGCGAAUUGAUCAUAAAAUGAUUUAAACACGAUAUCCACCACUUUCAUAUUCAAGGGCUUCUUAUUAGGUUCUUUACGAAUAUUUACAGUUAUAAUGUUGAAGACGAGGUCUAUAGCGAAGUCAAACUCAGAGAUAUCGAUCUGAUCACAACAAUUAUUAUUGAGAAAGUAAAAGUUAUUGAAGAUUUUGAAUCUGUUGAUGCAUUAUUUUUCAUGAAUGAAGCUUUUGAAUUAUUCCUUUCGCUACUACAGAGCCCUUAUAAUGAGGAUAUGAUGUCUUUCAAACUUCAGAGAGAUUUACAAUUUAAUUUUCUACUUAAAGUUUUAUUAAAAUUAUCGAAAAUAGAAGUUGUAGGAACACCACAUGCAUUCGAUUAUACUAAAUUUACACAUCUCUAUGACAAAUACUUAAUUGAAGCAAAUGAUGCACUUGCCAACAACAAAUGUGGUGAAGUGGAUGUUGUCAUACAAUCUUAUCAUCGAGAUAUUGUCCUUCAGAUAUUCAAGAUUUUCUGACUAAUGUCUAAAAAUAGAAAACAUAGAAAUAAAAAGGGAGGAGUUUUCCAUCAAUUACACUUUUCCCCUAGAAAAUUUUAUUUUCCUUUAAAAAUAAAUGAAAAAGAUUUCAUUAGGAUGAUUCAUGAUGUGAUAAUCAAAUGGAUUAAUUUUGAAGAUGAGCCAGACAUAUCUUCUAAAAUAUUUGAUACUAUCAUGAAAUUUGAUAAACCAACCAUCAAAGCUGGCCAAGAGUUGGCUGAGAUAUCUCGAUUUGAAGAAGAUAUCUCGACUGCAUGAUUAAAAACCCUCCCAUUCUUUACCCAUCUUAACGAAAGUGAUGUCCCAGAAGUUGUCUUAUUAGAACAAAAACUUGAUAUAAUAAAGUCUGAAUUUAUUGAAGCCAAUGAAAUGAGAUAUAAAGAACAGGAGUUAUAUGAUAGUCAUAUGAACAAUAUCUGGAAUAUAAUAUUGUUGAUCACUAAAGCUAAUGGAUUAAUUGAUUUCGAUGAAGACACUAAUGAUGAAUGAGUUUAUGUGCUUUACCAAUUCAUUUCAAAUUGAUAUGAAUGCCUGAUAGAAGCCAGCAAGUAUCCCCUAUUAUCAGAGUCUAUCUGGAAAUUUAAUGGCAAUUUCUUCUCCAUUUGUUGGAAAAAUAAAUCAUGAAAUGACCUGCAUCAAGAACUCCUAAUGACUGUGUUACGAAAAUGAAAUAUAGCAAAGCUCAACCUUGAUUCAUUUGAUCUUCUAAGAGCCGUUGCUUCAAAAUUAGGUCAUUGUUUGCAUGACAAAGAGAAGCUCAUAAAUGGAGAAAUCUCUGGGAAAUUCUUACAUGCUUUUAAUCCUCAAAGAAACAGAGUUAAGAGAAAUGAAAGAUUAUUUGAAUAUGCCAUUCAUAUGAUAAAUCAGCAUCCUGAUGCAGGGCUAAGGAGCUUAUUAAAAGCAAGCAAAGGUGAAACCUCAAAGAAGGCCUCCAUUCAUAAUGAAGGAUAUGAUCUUCAAGCUUGGUGUAGAGAAGAAGGAAUGGAAUCAAGCCUCAUGAGAAUUAUAAAGAAAUAAGUUCAGAAAAGACAUCAAAGUAAUAGAGGAUGAAGAAGCCAAGGGAAUAGUCAUCCGAAGAUUUCAAUUGUUUAUCCAUAGACUUUUGCAGAAUAUCGAGACUCUAUAUCCAAAUUCUGAUACACAGGAUUAUAUUCUUCAUAGUUGAGCAAUGCUUGCAGAGGUACUAAAUGAUGACAAAAUUAUGAAAUAAACCCGAAAUAAAAUUCAUGUUUUAUACAGAACAUUCUAUCAAAGUGAUAUUUUCAUUAAUCCUGAGACAAUACAAUUUCCUCGACUGUGCUCCAAAAAUGAGACAUUUUGCAUUCUUAUUUCUUGCCAAGCUGGUACAAAUCGAUAUAAAAUCAGCAAGGAAAUGUUUCAGAGUUUGGACCCAUUCAAAAGAUAAUAAAAAUAAGCUAUUUGAUAGAAUCAUCAACUUGGCUGGUCAAUUUAACAGCUAUUUUUGAGAUGAAAAUAUUAGCAGAUUGUUAAUUAAUGAUCUUGAUAAAACUGACUACAAAGAGUUUAUUCUAGUAUUAAAAUGGCUAACAAUGUUAUGUAAAAAUAAUACACUUUGGCAAAAUUAUUUAAGCAAGCAGGAUAAUUCUGUUCAAAACCAGAACUUAUUGCUUCCAAUACUUGAGAUCUUAAGAACAGGGGUACUUUGACUUAAUCAUGAGUAUGUCAUAGACUUGUUGAGGACUGUAGUUGGCUUUAUGAUUGAAACAAUAAAUGGCAGGAAUGAAUAUCACAUUAAUCAAUAUGUCACUGCAACAGUAUUCCAGUACUCUAUUGCAGUAAUUCAGGCAGGAUUUUCCUCUGCUGAUUUGGAAUUCUUAAGAAAGGCUCAGAAAGAGUCUAGUUUUGAGCUCUCAAAAUAAUGCAUUUGGCCGAACCAUGACUAAGGCUAGUUUAGCUGUCUCCCAAAAAUUAAAUUUACUGAAGCAAGAAGUGCUUUGAAUGAUCAAUUGCUUAAUUCUUCCUGGAAAGGAGCAUUUUAUCCGUAAUGAAGAGAAUUAUGAGUGCUUUAACAACAUGCUAAAAUUGAACUAUGUGCAGUAUAGAAUUUAUAAAUAUGACAACUACACAACAGAGUUAUUUAAUCAAGAUUCGAAGCUCUCGAAGGUGUAUAAUAUAAAUCUUGGAUUCCAAUGCUACUACCUUAUUGCAGAAUUGUGGGAUAAUAAUUAUGAAAACAAUUUAAAUUGAGUGCAGCUGAUUGAUACUGAGAAAACUCUCUCAAAAUAUUGGAAGCUAGUAAAAAGUCUAUGGUUUAAAUUUAAUCCUUUGAAGGGUAAAUACAAGCAGAUUGUUGAGCAGAAAUAUCGCCCCUUUGAAAAUGACAAGAAUUUAUUAAGAAAAGCUACAAGAUUCUUUGACAGCUAUAGCUCAAAUAUUGAAAUAGUUAUGCCUGAUGGUAGAAUGGUCAAUAGGUAUUUUGAGAUACUCCCUCCAUUCCUUUCCUUCACACAAACUGAGAAGGAUUCUUUUUGGAUUCAAGCAAACCUAGACAAUAGUAAAACAGCAGUUGCAUCUUUUGCAAGUUUUGCCGAUGAUAAAAUAGAUGAGCUUUUCAUCCAACAGGAAAUACAAAAUUUGUGGUUCUGCCCAAGAGAUGUCUCUAAAAAUAACUGGUUAAGUGAUAUUCUAAGAAUACUGAUAUUAAUGAUAAAUUUCAUCAUAUUUUUCUCAUUAGAAAUCAAUGAAGGAGAGAUUCUUGACAAGCCUCAACUGUUUGAUCUGAGCUUUUCCAUUACCAAGACUAUUCAAACUAUCCUUGGCAUAUUAAUUCUGCUACUGUUUGGAUAUAUAACUAUGAUCCAAGGAGCCAUUAUGAUAAAACUACAAUCAAAAAGAGCUCUAAAACGAGAAGAAGACAUUAACAAAAGGAAAAAGAGUAUUAGAAUUUUGAAACUAAUUUCCUAUAUGGUCAAUAAUUUAGAAGACACAUUUCAGAUAAGAAACAUAUGGUGUUUAUUAACCUGUCUUGGUUUCUCUCUGGCUGGCAUUUUUGUAGACUUCUUUUGGUUUUCAUUCACUCUAACUUAUAUGCUAAUAUUCUCACCUCAAAUACUUGAAGUAACAAAUGCAGUAUGGAAGCCUAAAUAAAAGGAUUGGUUCAACUGUAAUCUUAAGCUCUAUCAUUCUUUACUGGUUCAGCAUAAUUGCUUAUGUCUAUUUCAGUAAUGAUUUUAACCUGGUUGUUGAAGGAUCAAAUGAGACACUACUAAGAUGAAUAGCUGUUAUUUUCGAUUCAUGGUAUAAAUUUGGUCUUGGAGCUUUCCUUGCUGAAAACGGGAGGUCGUCGAUACUAGAACAAGUUGAAGAGAGGAUGGAAUAUAAAAUCCAUGCCAGCAGAAUGAUUUUUGAUUUCUUAUUCUUCUUUAUCGUUCCCACACUCCUUCUCAGUAUUCUCAGUGGAAUCAUCAUUGAUAAUUUCGGUGAAAGAAGAGCAAAGAGCGACUCAAUAAAACAAAGGCAAAAUGACCUCUGCUUUGUCUGUGGUAAACUCUCUAGUGACCUAGCAGAUUUUGAGCAUCAUUGUAAAUUUACACACAAUAUAUGGGAUUACAUGUACUACAUAGGAUACAUUAGAUCUAUGAAAGAAAGCCAAAGAAAAGAUUAUCGAGACAUACAUGUAUUCAACUGUUUAAAACUCCACAAAAAUGACUGGUUUCCUGCCUACCAAGACUUUGCCGAAGAAAGAGCUAAGCACCAAAUGUCUCAGAAUAUGCUUGGUGAAAUUAUAACGAAUUGUUCCAAUGAACAUCAGGAUAAGAGUCCUUCUGAAAAAGAUUCUGAGUUUCUAAAGGAAUAUGAUCAGAAAACAGUAGAUCAGUUUGUAAACACAACUAAGCAACAAAUUGAAGAAAUUAAUAAUAAGAUAGAAGAUAAAAUUAGCUCAGUUCAUGCUGAAAUGGCCGACCAAAUCAGCUCAAUCCAGUCAGAGAUGAAGACACAAAUGGACUGUAUGAGUUCAAAAAUUGAUUUGAUUUUAUCCAAGAUUAACCCUUCAAAAUCCUAACUUUCACUAAGAAAUCGGAGGUGGAAU